AGAGAGAGGAAAAAAAAAAAAAAAACGAAAUAACAUAAUAACAGUGACAGAGAGAAGAAGCUAAUGACUUCGUGGCUUUUUUGCUUAUAUUGUUAAGCAGGCUAUUCCUGAAAAAACCAGGUAAUGAAAAAAGACAAAUUAAAAUCUCCCCCUUCUCGCUUUCUUCACCGGAAAGUUACGUCAUCAAUUGCUGAUACACCGCCGUUAAAAUUCCGUUAAUAGAAUCCCGCAAGGUACUACUAUUCUUUUCCUUGAUAAUACGUUAGAAAACCUAAUUUCUUGGCUUCUUUCUGUAGUUUUUAGCAUCAGAUCUGGUGGGUUUUGGAUUGAUUUUGUGAUUUGGGAGAGAUUAGGGUUUACAAUCUGUUUCUAUUGAAAAUAUUUUAUAUCUCGGGGAUGAUUUUGGAGGGAAUUCGGGAAAGUUAGGGUUUUUUGGGUGUUAGUUUUUGUUGUGUUUAUGGAAGAGGGAAGGAGAUCUGGUGACCCAUCUGGAUAUAUAAUGAAGAAUAAGAGCUCUUCAGGUUGUUUGAUUGUGAGAAAGAAAGGUAAUGAUGGUGUGGGGUCUUCUGGUUCACAUAAGGUUUUCGAGUCAAAGAAAGAGAAAAAGAGGCUUAGGGUGGAAUAUAGUGAUUCAGGGUCUAGUGAUGAGUUGUUAAUGCCACGGCAUAGAAGGGUGGGUCCUGAAACAUUGAGGGCAUGUAAUGGUUUGAGUAGUUAUGAAGAGAGUGAUAUUGGUAGGAAGGGAAGCAGGGGGGAGGAUAUUAGGCGUAAUGAGGUUGGUUUGAUUGUUAGGAAUGGGAAGGAUUUGAGUGAAAGGAAGAGGAAUAAGUUGGAUGUGUUUGAGUUUGAUGAGUAUGAUGGGAAUGACGUGGAAAUGUUGAGGAGGCAGCGGUUUGAGGAUGGUGGAAUGGAAGGAAGGAGGUAUUUUGGGCCGACAAUGGCGGGGAGAAGUGGCACUGCGAGGGAAUAUGAGUCAGGGUCCAGGAGGCAUGCUGUUGUUGAUAGAAGAAAGUGUUCAUAUUUUGCAAGGUCAGGUGGGUUAAGUCAGGGUGGUGACAGGGGUGGAGCUCGGUCAUCUAUGUCAUUUUUAAGGGAUAAUUAUGAUUCUGAUGAACCCAUUAGGGUUCAGGGGAAAAAUGGUGUUUUAAAGGUGAUGGUGAACAAGAAAAAGAAGGUUGGUGGGUCUUUGAAUAGUUAUGAUCGUUUGGAAGCUGAGGAAAACAGAAAGGGUGUGAGAACAGAAGAUACUGUCAAGAGGAAUGUUCUAAUGCGUCCUCCAGUCCACUAUGAUCCUAAAAGUGCUGACAAAGCUGGUUCAGUUUCUAGGACAGAGAAGAAUCCAAUGAAUACGAAGAAAUCAGUGUCAACUAAGAGUGGUAAAGUCACUGAUGGGAAUUCAGAAGACAGUGAAGCAUUGUUGAAGUCGGGGCCUAAGAAAGGGGAAGCUCGUUAUCUUAUGAAGACACCAUUGUCAACAAAGAAAAGCAAAGACCGUGAUAUGGAUUCUGAUGACAGUGACACAUCUUUAAAGCUGGGACCGAAGAAUGCUGGGGCUCGUAAAUCUGCAAAGGGGACUGGUAGUGGAGGUGAAAAAACCCCUUGCAGCCAGCUCCCAGAUGCUAAAAUCAAAGAAGGGAAAGUUAAGCGAGGUAGUGGCACGGAAAAACAGAAGUUGCGUGAACAGAUAAGGGAGAUGCUUCUGAAUUCAGGCUGGACAAUAGACUAUAGGCCUAGAAGGAACAGAGACUACCUGGAUGCAGUUUAUAUAAAUCCUACUGGGACAGCUUACUGGUCCAUCAUCAAGGCAUAUGAUGCACUUCAAAAGCAAACGGAUGAGGAUGAGGCAAGAUCCAGGGCUGAUGGUUCUCCAUUUACACCUUUAGCAGAUGAGGUGCUCAGCCAACUAACAAGGAAGACAAAAAAGAAGAUUGAGAAAGAAAUGAAAAGGAAGAAAAGAGAUGUCAGCGACAGUGAGGAUGCAAGAGAAACUGCUGCAAGAAAGUCUUCAAGUACCAGGUAUGAUGAGGAGAGCCUGGACAGUGGUAGCCGUGAAGAGAAACUAAGUUCCUUUCUAAAGCGGGGUAGUAAGUCAUUGAAGAGCAGAACAGGUGGUAAUGGUUCUGUCAGUAUAAACUCAAAAGGUGAGAGUUCCACACAUCAUUUACAUGACAGCAUUGAGAAACCACCAUCUGGGUCCAAUUCUCACCAGGGAAGAAAAAGUAGAAAACUUGGCAGAUGUACUUUGUUGGUACGGAAUUCUAAUGAGGGUACAAACUCAGAUAGUGAUGGCUUUGUUCCAUAUUCUGGAAAGAGGACACUCCUUUCCUGGUUGAUUGACUGUGGAACUGUGCAGUUGAGUGAAAAGGUGCGCUACAUGAACCGUCGACGAACAAAAGUAAUGCUGGAAGGGUGGGUUACAAGAGAUGGAAUUCAUUGUGGUUGCUGUAGCAAAAUCCUCACUGUGUCAAAGUUUGAGAUCCAUGCAGGGAGCAAACUGCGCCAGCCAUUUCAAAAUAUAUAUCUAGAAUCUGGUGCAUCUCUUUUGGACUGCCAGAUUGAAGCAUGGAAUAGGCAGGAGCCAGUUAAACGCCUUGGUUUUCAAGCUGUGGACGUUGAUGGUAAUGAUCCAAAUGAUGAUACAUGUGGCCUCUGUGGAGAUGGUGGGGAUUUGAUAUGUUGUGAUGGCUGUCCGUCAACAUUUCAUCAGAGCUGCUUAGAUAUAAAGAUGCUCCCCCCAGGUGAUUGGCAUUGUCCAAACUGUAGUUGCAAAUUUUGUGGGGUAGCGAGUGAUAAAAAUUUCCAGAGAGAUGAUACAACAGUCUCCAAGCUUCUCACUUGUAGUCUGUGUGUGAAAAAAUAUCACAAAUCUUGCAUGCAGGAGAUCAACACUCUUUCCAUUGAUACCAAUAAUUCAGUUGCUAGCUUUUGUGGGAAGAAAUGCAGAGAGCUCUUUGAACAGUUGCAGAAAUAUCUUGGGGUCAAACAUGAACUAGAAGCAGGGUUUUCUUGGUCUCUAAUUCAUAGAACCGAUGCAGAUUCAGACACUUCUCUCCAAGGACUUCCUCAAAGGGUGGAGUGCAAUUCAAAGCUGGCUGUUUCUCUGUCUGUCAUGGAUGAGUGCUUUUUGCCAAUUGUUGAUAGGAGGAGUGGGAUCAAUUUAAUUCAGAAUGUUCUUUACAACUGUGGAUCAAACUUUAACCGGCUGAAUUUUGGCGGCUUUUAUGCUCUUAUUCUGGAGAGGGGCGAUGAAAUAAUAUCUGCUGCAUCCAUCAGGUUCCAUGGAACUCGGUUGGCAGAAAUGCCAUUCAUUGGAACUCGCCAUAUGUACAGGCGUCAAGGGAUGUGCCGUCGGCUUUUUUAUGCUAUUGAAUCGACACUCUGUUCUCUGAAGGUUGAGAAACUGAUUAUCCCAGCAAUCUCUGAACUUAUGCAUACAUGGACAGAGGUUUUUGGUUUCACAACUCUUGAUGAAUCACUCAAGCAAGAAUUGAAGUCUAUGAAUAUGUUGGUGUUCCCUGGUAUAGAUAUGUUACAGAAGCAGCUAGGGCAAGAAAAUGCCGAUGGAAAGAGGAUUACCAGCAUAGUUGCAAAUCGGAUGGAGUUUGAAGACAAUGAAUGUAUUAAAACUGCAGUAGCAAAUAAAUCUGAUGCAGAUUCUCCAGCUGGGUAUGAUCCUCACGAUUGUGAUAAUGGUGGUUUGGAAUCUUUCAUUGGGAAAAAUGAAGUGGCUAGUGCAAGUUCUGAUUCCCAAUGCCCUGACGCUUCCUUGAACAAUGUCUCUACAAUGAAUAGUUCUUUAGAUGCAUUUCAUGGACUGAAAAGUGCUGCGUCACCUAUGGAGACUGUACAGACAGAUUCAGAAUCAGAUGACAAGUUGGCUGAAUCUCCUGUGGAUAAGAAAAGUGAAUGCAUCUCCAAUACAACUCAUGAUGUUCACGAGAUGGUUAAAUCCAAAUCAGAUUCUUCUGUUGAAGAUACCUCGCUUACUUGUAUCAAGGGAGAAACGGCAGCUAUGAAUUCCGAUUCCCAAGUUCCAGGUGCUUCCUUAGGCGAUGCCUCUGUGAUGAGUGGUUCGUUCAAUGCCUCUUGUGAACUUAUAAAUGCAGUUCCUUUUGAUGGGGCUUCAUGUACUGAUUCUGAAUCAGGGGGCAAGAUACCCGAGUCUGCUUCUAUAAUGAUCUUGGAUGUGUCUGGUGAGCGGCAAGAGGAAAACAUGUCAGAAAUGGUUUCUCUUGCUAAAGGCAAAGAUCAUUCUUGUAAAGAGGGUGAAGUCAAUCACGUCCAUGCGGUAAUGGAAACUAAGCUGGUAUCAGAUUCCUCUGUUGAAAACAAUAAUGUGUCUUGUAAUGAUGGUGAUUUGGAUGAUGCUCCUACAGCUAGUGUUGAUAUGGUAUCUCUUGAAGCUGACCCUUCUGCAGAGAAGACAACUGCAGAAAAUUUUGCUGAGAAGGUUGAUGAGAUCUCAGGUAUAUCUGUUUCUAGAUUCAGUGGUGCUGAGGAGAAUAAUGUCCAAAUUGAUUCCGAUCCAAACAGUGAAACCAUCCAUGAGAGGGGAACCAAAUUAGAUGUGGUUUCAGAGGCUGUUUCUGAUGCAGCACGUUGCAGAGGAGUUGCUUCACAUGUGCCUGAGGAGAGUUCUCUGAUUGACUCGAGUGAAGGGAAAACUGAAUCUGGCUCGAUCUGAUGGUGUCACUUCCUCAGCAUUCCUGCUUAGUGUUUCCGUGCUCAACUUGCAUGCAUACUUAACCUGGAAUGCUCCAACUAGUUCAUGAUUGUUAGGGCAAUGUUGUGGUGGCAUAAAGAAGCUAUACUUCAUCUGAGAAGUACUUGGUGCUGAAGCCACUUCUUAGUAUGAUUUUCAAGGUUCUGUUUUUACUUUGGAAAAGCAUCAAGAUAAGUUUUGAUACAAGAGUUUCAACUUGAUCUCUUGCUGGAAUUAUCUGGUGCCACACCUGCUUGACGCAAGAGGAGAAUCUACUAUUGUAAAAAGUAGGCAAUGGAGAAUAGACGGCAGAUUUUUGGAGAUCUGUCGAGUGUUCGGACUUUCUUUACAAGUCUUGUAUCAUUUCAUUUUUACGUGGCAACAUCUUCAUGUAUGUUAACCUUGUCACAUGACGUAGGCUGUUGAAAAAAGGAUUUUGAAUUCUAUUUUUCAUGUAAUUAUAACUUACUUUUUUUUUCUUCUUCCCAUAAUGCCUGCACUUUAUUCAUAAACUUUAUAUCUCUUGUAAGUGGCCCAUCUAAUUGAGUUUGGUAAAAAUAGCAUAUUAUUCA